AUGCCCCUCAAAUCUCGCUCUUUAGUUAUUCCAUUGAUCUUGUUGAGUGCGAUGGUUUUGAUUCCCAAUGUAGCCUACUCCUCAGACGUCGGCCGGCCGGCGACCUUGAAACCCGAAUAUCUCAAGGGCGACGAGGUGUUGGAGAUCGGUAAUUUCUCUGUGACUGAAUACAAUAAACAGAACAAAAAAAAUCUCGAAUUUAAUGACGUAGUCCAAGGCACCAAACAAGUGGUGAACGGAAUUAAGUACAGUCUUGUGGUCAACGCCACGGAUGCCGGAGCUGCCGGGAACUACUCCGCGGUUGUGGUGGUCAAGGCGUGGGAGAAGAUACCCAAUACGCUCGAAUCCUUCAAAAAAAUAAUGAGGGUCGCGAGCCGAAGGGAUUCCGUGGGAUCGACUCAGCUAAGGAAAAUAGGAGGCUGUUUGUCAAGCGUCGGCGGCGGCAGCCGCGGCCGUUUAGGUCCGCUGCCGGCGCGCCUACCCUCAGUGCAGCCAUCGCUGGUUCGGAAGCUAUCUGUGGCCGAAAACAGCGAUGGCGGCGCUGAGAAUGCCAAAAUGAAAGCCUUGUUCAAGUCGAAGCCCAAGACACCCGCAGAUUUGGUGAGACAGACCCGCGAUCUACUCAUCUUCGCCGACGACGUCGCUCCCGACACUAAGGAGAGCAAGCGCGAUGAUAAGAUGAUGGAGUUGGGAAAGCUUAUCCGAGAAUUAAAACAAGUUCUUUAUGGGGAUAGUGAAUCUGAGCCCGUGGCAGAAGCCUGUGCACAGCUGACGCAGGAGUUCUUCAGAGAGAAUACUCUUCGUCUGCUAAUUAUAUGUCUUCCAAAGUUGAACUUAGAGACACGAAAAGAUGCUACACAGGUUGUUGCAAACCUGCAGAGACAACAGGUUCAAUCGAGGUUGAUCGCUUGUGAUUACUUGGAAAAGAACAUAGACCUCCUGGAUAUCUUGAUAUCAGGUUAUGAGAAUAAUGAACUGGCAUUACACUACGGUGCAAUGUUGAGGGAAUGCAUACGCCACCAAAGUGUUGCACGAGUGAGAAAUAAGGGGAUGUUAAAGUACAUAGUGUCUAGGCAUUCAGUCACUAACAUGAUUCAUGUUUUCUUUCAGGAACUUUUGACUCGGCAUAAAUCAACAGUAGCUGAAUUUCUUUCCAAAAACUACGACUGGUUAUUGGGUGAUAUUCUGCUCGACCGUUCAAACUCAGCCGUGAUGACUAAAUAUGUUUGCUCAAGGGACAACUUGAGGAUCCUCAUGAAUCUUCUUCGGGAAUCUAGCAAGAGUAUACAGAUUGAAGCUUUUCAUGUUUUUAAGUUAGCUCCGCUUUCAGGUGCCAAAGUGAAAUUGAGAAAACUCGAAACAAUUUCAACCAUCGACUUCCCAAUCAUCCAAUCUCCACAAAGUGAAAAUGGCAGCAAAAGGCAGGUCCCAGAAGAGAUUUGUUCAAUGGAGGAAUUCUUGGCCACGGCAGUGGACGCCGCUAAGAAGGCUGGAGAGAUUAUUCGUUCAGGAUUCUACGAGACGAAGCGUGUGGAGCACAAAGGCCAAGUGGAUUUGGUCACGGAGACUGAUAAGGCAUGUGAAGAACUCAUAUUCAAUUUUCUCAAACAAACAUACCCGGACCAUAAGUUCAUAGGGGAAGAAACUACUGCUGCAUGUGGAGUGACAGAAUUGACCGAUGAACCAACUUGGAUUGUUGAUCCUUUAGAUGGAACGACUAAUUUUGUUCACGGGCAAGCAUCAAAUGUUAUUUUUAUAUUUUUCCUGCAAAAAAUGUUUCCUUUCGUAUGUGUAUCUAUAGGGCUAACAAUUGGACGAAUUCCAACUGUCGGUGUUGUUUAUAAUCCUAUAAUGGAUGAGCUUUUCACUGCCGCUCGAGGAAAAGGUGCAUUCCUCAAUGGAAAACCCAUCAAAGCAUCAUCUCAAACUGAGCUUGUGAAGUCUCUUCUAGCAACGGAGGCAGGUACAAAACGUGACAAGUCUACUUUGGAUGCCACCACAAAUAUGAUCAAUAGCUUACUCUUCAAGGUUAGGUCCCUCCGUAUGAGUGGCUCUUGUGCAUUAAAUCUCUGUGGCAUUGCUGCUGGAAGGCUUGAUAUCUUCUAUGAACAAGGUUUUGGAGGCCCUUGGGAUGUAGCUGCUGGAGCUUUAAUUGUAACCGAAGCUGGAGGUCUCGUAUUUGAUCCCUCCGGGAAGGACUUCGAUAUAACAUCUCAGAAAGUAGCAGCUUCGAAUUCUUACCUGAAGGAAGCGUUUAUUGAGGCAAUGCAGCAAUCAAAAUAAGAGAAGAAACUCUACCCCAGCUAAGUUUUUGUUGCUUUCAGAAAACGAUUAUGAAGACAGCCUUUGAUGUGCGCUGCUGAAAGAGCAUUACUAGUGGGGAAUUACAUCAUGCAUUUCAUUCUUAUCUGGCAGAUUCUUGAUUGUAUAAUCAAACAUGACAUAAGUUUCUAUUGAUAAAUCUGUUGUACGGUGUUCUGUUGCAAGAACUGGGAAAAAAUUGAAAUAACGAAGAAAAAAUUGUCUGUCUUCAGUAUUCUUUGUAGCUUCCAUGUGGGGUUUUGCUCUUAAUUGUGUUAUUUGAAAUGAGCAGCUCAUGAGCUUCAACUUGUUAAGGCUUGAAUUGGGUUCAUUUAUUUUGAGAGAUUAAUUUAUGCUACUAAAGUAUUUGCUUAAAUACUAAACCGAGUAGCUGCAGUUAACCCCAAUAGGAAUGACCAAAAAACAUUUCAA